CUCCGUUCCCCUUCUCAUUACCCUCUCUCUCUCUCUCUCUCUCUCUCUCCCUCUCUCUCUCCCCUCACCCCUCUCUAAUGGCGCCCGAAACCCUAACCGAGUACGAGCGCCGCCGCAUGGAGAACAUCCGCCGCAACGGCGAGGUGAUGGCCUCGCUCAAGCUCCGCCGCAUCGCCUCCGAUCUCUCCUCCUCCUCUGCUCAGCAAUCCAUGGCGACGACGAAGAAGAGGCCCUGCCCCUCCCCCACGCCCCGAUCCCCCGUCGUCCUCCGCCGCUCCCUCCGCACCCGCGGCCUCCCCCCUAAUCGAUCCCCAUCCCCCUCCUCCGAUCCCCCUUCUCCCCCUCCCAAUCCCGCCUCCGCCGCCCGGGAGAGGAUCGGCCCCUUCCCCACCGCCGAUACCCUCGUCAGGGGCUCCGGAUCGGCCGAUCGAGGCCUGAUCGACGCGAUUUUGGGAGCUUCAAAGGCGUCGGAAUCGGAUCAUGUGAAGGGAAGGGGUUCCGGGUUCGAUCCGAGGCGUUCGAUGGCUCUGAGGGAGGAGAAGGUGAGGAAGGUUCUCCGGGAGAGGAUCCUGGCCGUGCGAUUCCUGCCUUUUGGGGAUCGGACGGUGAUCGCUGCGGGGAAUAAGCUGGGGCAUCUAGGGUUUUGGGAUGUGGAUUAUAGUGGAGGGGAUGGGGAUGGAGAUGGGGUGUUUGUAUAUUUUCCUCACAGAGCUCCAAUUUCGGGGAUUUCGGUCCAUCUGGAUUCGCCGACAAAGAUUUUCACUAGUUGCUACGAUGGGUUUAUAUGUUUGAUGGAUGCCGAUUCAGAGACGUUCAACAUGAUAUAUUCCUGCGGUUAUUCUAUUUAUUCUUUAUGCCAAGCACCUCAUGAUAAUACCUCCUUAUAUUUUGGAGAGCGAGGCGAGCUCAAACUUUUCGAUUUGAGGGUGGGUAAAGUCUCUGGUUCCUGGGACUUGCAUGAACAGAGGAUAAAUACGAUAGACUUUCAUCCAGAAAAUGUUAAUUUGUUUGCUACAAGUUCGACGGAUGGGACGGCUUGCAUAUGGGACUUGAGAAGAUCAAAAGAGAAUAAGCUGGAAUGCUUGAAGACUGUUCAGCAUAACAGAGCAGUUCAUUCUGCACAUUUUUCACCCAGCGGAAGCUGUCUUGCUACAACGAGGUAUGCGAUCUCCUGCAUCUGCUUCAAGAAAACACUUAUUGAUGUGAUGGUCUCAAUGCAAAAAACGAUACUGAUCUCAAUUUGCAGAGCAAUCUGGGGCUGGGAUGAUUCCUACCUGUAUCUGGGCAACAUGAGGAGGGCCGUCGACGUAAUCUCCGUGGCCGACAGAACCACGACCACUUUAGAGAGUGAGCACGUGACGUCGAUCCCGUGCCGGUUCGCCGCACAUCCGUACAAUGUGGGAUCUCUUGCUUGUGCCACCGCUGGUGGUAAGGUGUUCCUCUGGACAAAAUCCUGAGGAUUUAAAAGUUUUGCAGUAUCCAAAUUGAUGUAUUAGUUUGCCUUGUGUAAACCUUUUGCAGUGUAUUCUGUGGGUCUGUGCUGCAGGAAAGGCUUGCUGCAGUUUUUGGAGAGCUUGUUGAGAACUUGAUAAUAUUUUAUGCUUGCAUCUUAAUUUUCGAUU